AUGAAGGCUUGCUAUUUAAUUCUUCUAUUUGUUUUCAGUGGGACAAUUGCUCAAAGUGAUAUAGCAAAUUGCGUUCUUGAUUACAAUCCAAUUUGUGUUGUACUUGAGGAUUGCGGUUUCACACUGCAUAGCAAAUGUUUAUUAGACUUGCAUAAAAAGUUUAUAUAUAAUAUAAACCAAGCACCUUUGGAAACAUUUACAAGCGGACCGUGUCCAAAGGAUAAAAAACGGUGCCCUUACCACAAAUAUUUAGGAGGAAAAACUUUUGAGGAUUUCAUAUAAUACCCGUAGAAAAUACAAAAAACAAUUUCCGAAAAUUAUAAUUUUUUAAUUUAACUUAAGUUGAUACCAACACGUUUGUUGUUUGUCAGGUUUGAUCGUCACUAGUUUCUAGCUCGUUAAGAGGUGCUUGUGCUUGCUUAUUUAUAUCCCCAAAACUGUGUAUUGCUUUUGAAAAUUUUCAAGUGCG